AUGGCCACUCCAGAGUUAAUUUGGAACGGUUUGAAUUGGAUCGGAUCCGCUCGGUUAAUCUGGAUUGGAGGAACAUCCUUCUACGCUUCAUCUUCCUCCACGAAAUUGAAGGAAGAGAAGAAAAUGUUGGAAAGCAUAAACCUCAUCUCCUGCAACUUCUCUCGUCUUCCUCCUUUAAAACCCUCGAGACAAUCCCAAACCCAAACCCUAAAGGAAUCCCGAAACCUCAUUGCUGUACAAUCAAGAGCUUCUUCUUCUUCUUCACCUUUUCUGAAAUCAGAUAAAAUCCUCCACCGCAAUAACAGUCGUUUCCCGAAAUACGAGAAAAAAGGUUUCUACUUCCAUGUCUGCAAAAGCUCACUGAACAACCCAGAUCCAGAGAAAACCGAAAUUCAAGACGAAGCAAGAGACUGGACGAGCUCGGUACUGCUUUUCGCGCUUUGGGGUGCGCUUCUCUACUAUUGCUUCAAUCUUGCUCCUGAUCAAACACCAACGCAAGACUUGUACUUUCUGAAUAAGCUGCUGAAUUUGAAAAGUGACGAUGGUUUUAGAAUGAACCAGAUCCUUGUUGGGUUAUGGUACAUAAUGGGUUUAUGGCCUUUGGUAUAUGGCAUGCUCUUGCUUCCCACAGGUCGAAGUAAAACCCCUCCGGCUUGGCCUUUCGUCGUGCUUUCCUUCUUCGGUGGCGUCUACGCUUUGCUACCUUACUUUGCUCUGUGGAAUCCUCCUUCUCCUCCUGUUUCAGAGGCUGAAGUGAGACAAUGGCCUUUGAAUAUUCUGGAAUCUAAAGUCACUGCUGCAGUGACUCUUGUUGCAGGAUUGGGUAUAAUCCUGUAUGCAGUAGUUGGUAACUCCGGUGACUGGAAAGAGUUUUAUCAGUACUUCCGAGAGAGCAAAUUCAUACAUGUCACGAGUCUUGAUUUCUGUUUACUCUCUGCGUUUGCUCCCUUCUGGGUUUACAAUGACAUGACCGCCCGAAAAUGGUUCGAUAAAGGCGGCCGUUGGCUUUUACCGGUAUCCGCAGUGCCCUUCUUGGGACCUUCUUUGUAUCUUCUCCUACGACCUGCAUUGUCAGGGACAACAGCUCCAACAGAUUCUGCAUCAUCUGAUCCAAACCAAUAG